GUCAACUUCCGCGCCGGAAGUGGAAGGCCGGGCAGCCCAGCUGAAGUCAGUACCCUGGGCUCACCGCUGCAGCGGAGUUCUGAGCUAGCCCGGCAAAGGGGCGUGGGAAGGCCCGGAGGCGAAAUCGAAGAGAAGCAACUGCGCCCCAGAGAAGAGAAGCUCGCCCAUCGCCUGCUGGGAGCCAGCUUUCAGUGACGAUGGCAGGGCCAGAACUGUUGCUCGACUCCAACAUCCGCCUCUGGGUGGUCCUACCCAUCGUAAUCAUCACUUUCUUCGUAGGCAUGAUCCGCCACUACGUGUCCAUCCUGCUGCAGAGCGACAAGAAGCUCACCCAGGAACAAGUGUCUGACAGUCAAGUCCUAAUUCGAAGCAGAGUCCUCAGGGAAAAUGGAAAAUACAUUCCCAAACAGUCUUUCUUGACACGAAAAUAUUAUUUCAACAACCCAGAGGAUGGAUUUUUCAAAAAAACUAAAAGGAAGGUAGUGCCACCUUCUCCUAUGACUGAUCCUACUAUGCUGACAGACAUGAUGAAAGGGAAUGUAACAAAUGUCCUUCCUAUGAUUCUUAUUGGUGGAUGGAUCAACAUGACAUUCUCAGGCUUUGUCACAACGAAGGUCCCAUUUCCACUGACCCUCCGUUUUAAGCCUAUGUUACAGCAAGGAAUUGAACUGCUCACAUUAGAUGCAUCCUGGGUGAGUUCUGCAUCCUGGUACUUCCUCAAUGUAUUUGGGCUUCGGAGCAUUUACUCUCUGAUUCUGGGCCAAGAUAAUGCCGCUGACCAAUCACGAAUGAUGCAGGAGCAGAUGACGGGAGCAGCCAUGGCCAUGCCCGCAGACACAAACAAAGCUUUCAAGACAGAGUGGGAAGCUUUGGAGCUGACAGAUCACCAGUGGGCACUCGAUGAUGUCGAAGAAGAGCUCAUGGCCAAAGACCUCCACUUUGAAGGCAUGUUCAAAAAGGAAUUACAGACCUCUAUUUUUUGAAGACCGAGCAGGGAUUAGCUGUGUCAGGAACUUGGAGUUGCACUUAACCUCAUAACUUUGUUUGGAGCUGGCACGUCUCAGAAUAAAAAGGAGGAUGCAGGAGCUGGCGGGCGUGCAGCAAGGCUUGUUUUUGUCUGGGCUGUGUUCCCCUUUAUGUUUGAAACUAGAGGAAAUAGGAGUAGUAUGGUGGGCAACUUGUUAUUUAAAAAAUGUUUUAAAUGUUCCUUCUGGUGACUCUAGUAAUGAAAUGCAGAGAAAGGGGGAAACCUCAAGCUACUGAUAAUGUAUAAAAUCUUAGCAGAAAUCCAAUCUUUGGAGGAAAUGUUAAUUAUAACUAAUGAUUAUGUACAGUCAGCCCGACAUCUAGCCACAGGAAACUCCUGUUUUCUUGGGAUCCAAACACCCUCUGUUUUACCAUUAGUUUUGUUAGUAUUGUUAACUUUCAUUACACAAGUCAACUAUUUCCACUACCAAAGGUUUAGAAACUAUGGAUGAACAAAAUGAAUCUCCUUAUAUUGUUCAUUUUGAGCCUACAUAGACAUAGAGAGCAAAUAUGUCAAAACCAUAUUCAAAUAAACUCUUUUCAGAGUGAAUACCCAGAGCCAGGACAGAUACAGCAAACCUUCUAUAUCCCUUAAUUCUGUCCAGUGAAAAUCAGUGACCCUGAGGCACUGCCAGAUACUAAAGUGCCUUUGCGAUCAUCAGAGACAGGUUAUAAAUAAUGGAAGAUCUUGAUCUGGAUGUCAGUAUAUCUAUCAAAUCCAUUGACAGAUCAGUGGUGCUAUACUGGAAAUGGCUACUCCUUUGGAUGAAAGACCUCAUUUCCCAGUUGCUCGGAACAAAAUAGAAUUUACAUAUUGCUGUAAGAAGGGAGAGACAGUAGUUUUUGGUAGAAACAUAGAGAAGGGUGCCCAAGAGUAAUUCUGUCUGGAUUAAAGAUCCCAGGGAAGUGACAGGGUGCCAUUUCUGUACCGAGGUGAAUAUAAUUUGCAUGUUGAGUGCAGUAAUUAAGAACAAACAACUCUUGACUCCACAAAUUAAACCAUCCUGUUUUCUGUU